ACAGAACAAAUCGAAAUUAAAAUGGCGAACCUACCAUUAAUCUUGAGUUUGGCUGACGAUUUAAGCCGCUUGACACCAUUCUACGAACCGGUGUUCUACAGCCGUUGGCCCGCAAUUACUACAUCACCCGGUGGCCAAUUACGCAAGUUUGAAAAGGAUCUGCCCAUCGCUACUGUGGGAAAGGAUGGAUUCCAGGCCAGUAUGGAUGUGCAGCAGUUUAAACCAAGUGAACUGAGCGUGAAGGUAGUCGAUGACCAAAUCGUUGUUGAGGGUAAGCAUGAGGAGCGAGAAGAUGACCACGGUUAUAUUUCACGACAUUUUGUUCGUCGCUAUGCACUGCCAAAAGGCUUCCAUGCCGACAAAGUAGUAUCAACACUGUCAUCGGAUGGUGUGCUAACAGUCAGUGUACCAAAACCAGCCAUCGAAGACAAAUCGAAUGAAAAGUUGAUCCAAAUUCAACAGACUGGCCCAGCGCACUUGAACGUGAAGGAGAAUAAAAAAGAGAGUCUGGAGGAAGAAAAACCAAAGGCAUAGAAUGGAAAAUUUGAACACCAAACUACGUUCCCAUCACAUUUUGUUCAUUUAACUCAUUAAAUUACAUUCUUAAGUUGUACAUUAAAAAAAAAU